CACGUUUACAAUCUGUUUAUAUACAAACUCAGAUUCACACCGGAAUGCCUACACGUCGUUAUCAAGAUGACUGUAUAAUUUUAAACGAUGAUUAUCCAGGAUAUUUCGCCAACAACUUCAUGCUACCAGCACGUUAUGAAAAGUACAUCGAGAGCAUUAUCGUACCACAUGGAAUGGUUUUGGAUCGUCUCAACAAAAUGGCUUCUGACAUUCUCGACACUUAUGAAUGCUUGCGAACACGCUCAAUUCAUAUCAUAUGCAUAUUGAAGGGUGGUUUCAAAUUCGCCUCUGAUCUAUUCGAAACAUUGCAAACAUUUAUCACAUCGCGGAAGAAAGAUAUCAAUGUGUACAUUGACUUCAUCUCAGCUAGUACUUAUGUUAAUGAUUCUGUGGGUGAUGGGACAAAAUUGAAUGCCUGUACAGACAUGGAGAAAUUUCGAAAUAAGAAUGUUCUCAUUGUCGAAGAUCUCGUUGAUACGGGAACAAGUCUUACUAAAAUCGAAGAAUUUGUCCGUCAAUAUAAUCCACUCUCGUUACACACAGCUUGGUAG